AUGAAAAAUAAAACUAUAUUAACUGAGUUCAUCCUUCUGGGUCUAACAGACGUCCCUGAACUCCAGGUGGCAGUUUUCACCUUUCUUUUCCUUGCGUAUUUACUCAGCAUCUUUGGAAAUCUGACUAUCCUCAUCCUCACCUUGCUGGACUCCCACCUUCAGACUCCCAUGUAUUUCUUUCUCUGGAACUUCUCUUUCUUGGAAAUUUCCUUCACAAACAUCUUCAUUCCCAGGGUCCUGAUUAGCAUCACAACAGGGAACAGGAGUAUCAGUUUUGCUGGCUGCUUCACUCAGUAUUUUUUUGCCAUAUUCCUUGGGGCCACAGAGUUUUACCUUCUGGCUGCCAUGUCCUAUGACCGCUAUGUGGCCAUCUGCAAACCUCUGCAUUAUACCACCAUCAUGAGCAACAGAGUCUGCACCCAGCUGAUUUUCUGCUCUUGGCUGGGUGGGUUAAUGGCUAUUAUACCACCAAUCACCCUGAUGAGUCAGCAGGACUUUUGUCCAUCCAACAGACUGAAUCAUUAUUUCUGUGACUAUGAGCCUCUUCUGGAACUCUCAUGUUCAGACACAAGCCUUAUAGAGAAGGUUGUCGUUCUUGUGGCAUCUGUGACCCUGGUGGUCACUCUGGUGCUAGUGAUUCUCUCAUAUACAUUCAUUAUCAAGACUAUUCUGAAGCUCCCCUCUGCCCAGCAAAGGACAAAAGCCUUUUCCACUUGCUCUUCCCACAUGACUGUCAUCUCCCUCUCUUAUGGAAGCUGCAUGUUUAUGUACAUUAAUCCCUCUGCAAAAGAAGGGGACACAUUCAACAAGGGAGUAGCUCUACUUAUUACUUCAGUUGCUCCUUUGUUGAACCCCUUUAUUUACACCCUAAGGAACCAACAGGUAAAACAAGCCUUUAAGGAUAUAGUCAAAAAGGUUGUGAAUCUUUAA